CCCGGCUAAGACACGAGUGUGGGAAAGUGACGUGAUAAGCGGUCGGCUUGUAUUAUGUUGUUAACACGAAGGUGUAAUCGCUAUGUUUUUCCGUCGUGGACUUUGGGUGUGUUGCCAUGUCGUGUAUUCCAUUUUUAUGGCAGUGGGAAACAUUUGGACGCACGUGAAUAAAUUUGUGGAAAGACAUCUAUACGCUACAACAUUAGAAAAUGAAAUGCUGUAUGUUUCAAAAUGUGCUGAACAUUUUAAUAAGACACCUCAACACAUAGUGUUGCUUUUAGGAAAUGAAACUAUAUCUUAUAAAGACUUAGCGAAUAUUAUAUUAUGGUGCGUUGCGGCGGGAAUCUCGUUUGUUACUUUAUACGACCAUGAUGGUCACCUGCAACAAAAUCAAGAUGAACUAUAUCAAGCUGUGAAAACGAGAAGCAAGUUGUGUGUGGGAACAAUCAUAUGGGGAAGAAAUAAAACACUAAAUGGAUUAGGUGUUGAAAACGGUGUGCAAAAUGGUACAAAAGCAAUAGCAAAAACACGGGUAACAGUUUUAUCGCUUAAUGAUUCAAAGGAAACAUUCCUCAAAGUGACAAGAUCUCUCUGCUAUUCAGCUAAAAACAGAGAAGUGAAAUCUUGUCACAUCAGUCAAGAUGUCAUAAAUGAAAUGCUAAUUGAAGAGACCGGUUUACCAGAACCCGAGCUUGCAUUGUAUUGUGGAGAAGUAUGUUGCACAUACGGGUUUUUACCAUGGCAUAUACGAAUCACAGAGUUUCUGAGGUUACGAAGCCAUCACAACAUCACAGUAAGAGAAUUUGCGAGAUUGUUACAAACUUAUGGUAAAUGUGAACAGAGGUUUGGAAAGUGAUUAAUAAAGACAGUGCAUCAAGUGAAGAGUGGGAAAUCCAUUCCAUUUCUGUGUUCUUUAUCAUUAUUAUUAUUAUUAUUAUUAUUAUUAUUAUUAUUAUGAAAAUGAACCUGUUGUUGUUGUUUUUUUUUUGUUUUUCUUCAUGUGAUGUAACCUGACAAGUCAUAUUUAUUGUUAAAUCACAGAUGAUUUUAAUGCCAGUAUGUAAUUAUACAUAUAUGAUCACUGAGAGAAAUAUUACUAGCCAAAUGUUUGCCAGUGACGUAUAAGUAAUCGUGAGAUGUAUGUACUUUCUAGUAGUUGUAUAUGUUUUAUAGAGUGCCUUAGUAGCUGCAUACUUCACGAAGUGUCCCGGGCUGAUACGACAGUUUUUUUAAAAAAUAUUUAUUUAUAGUGCUCUUAUUCUUCAUGUAAUUCUUUUACUGAAGUGAAGGGAGUGUUGGUUGAUAUUUAUGUACUAAUAUAAGGGGGGUUCAGGGAGGACAGAAAGGCUGUAUUAGUCACUGAACAGCUAAAAAUUAAAAAUAUUCCAGGAUUUUUGUGGUGCUUAUCAACUGAUCUUCCAUUAUUUAAGUACAUAUCGGAUGUGAAAUGGAUUUAUUAUUAUUAUUAUUAUUAUUAUUAUUAUUAUUAUUAUUA